GGUUCGCAUUCCAGACAGAGCAUGCUGCCAGUUCACCGGCUCCGUUCAUGCCUCCCAGGUACCCGUUUCUCACCGCGAUGGUUCGGUUCUCUUCCAACUCCAUCUGCAAAGCCCUCUGAAGCAUAUGCGGCACUAGUGAACAGUGAGGGCCUGGUUUUCGAUGCCAAACAGGCAGCCAUUACCCGCCGAUUUCUCGACAAACUGCAUUCUCGUCUGAAUGGCUACGCGUUACCCGUAUUCCAGUCUCCAAUAAAGAAAAAGACAAUAGGGAAUGAUGGCGACAACGAAGAACGAUUAGAGGAAAAGGUGGUGAUGGUUCCUCGCGGCCUGUACGUCCAUGGAGGCGUCGGAACAGGCAAGUCGAUGCUGCUGGAUCUCUUCUUCAGGAACGCCAACGUGCAGCGCAAGCGACGUGUGCAUUUCAACGAGUUCAUGCUUGAAGUACAAACGCGAUUGAAUCAAGAGAAGAAGAAGCAGUUGGAGCUCUACGGCAGGCAGCGACACAUUGUGCUGGACGAGAGUCGAGAUGUUGUGCUGCAAGUGGCUCACGCUAUCGCGGAUGAAAGUCACCUGCUGUGUUUCGACGAGUUUCAAGUCACAGAUGUGGCAGACGCACUUAUCAUGAGGAAACUUUUCGGUGUGUUCUUCGCGCGUGGGGUGGUGAUGAUUGCAACGUCGAAUACCCCACCACAGGACUUAUACAAGGAUGGCACGAAUCGUGAGUAUUUUCUGCCGUUUCUGGAUCAAUUGGCACAGCAUACUAGAGUGGUGUCGAUGAACUCGGACGUGGACUACAGGUUCCUCUGCGAGCCUAUAGGUGGCGAGGAGACGUUCUUGACGCCGUUGACAGACGCUACCAAAAAGAAGAUGGAUGCUGUGUACCAAGACCUACUGAAGCUUGGUGCUGACGAGAACAGCGGUGAUGUUCAAGACGAGCAACUGCGUAUUCCUGUGAUGAUGGGACGAACGCUGGACGUCCGAGGUCGUGCGAAGAGUGGCGUUUGUCGUGCAUCCUUCAGGUUGUUGUGCGAUACCGAGAAAGGUGCAGCGGAUUACAAAGCGAUGGCAGAAUGCUUCCAUACAUUAGUACUUGAUGACGUACCGGCUUUAAGUAUGGCGCAGCACGACCAAGCAAGACGAUUUAUCCUGCUUGUAGACGAGUUAUACGAGCACCGAACAAGGCUUGUAUUAUCAUCUGAAGCUGCCAAGCCUCGAUGUAUUUUCUUGUUUGACGAUGAGAGCGUACGUGUUGCGUCGGAAGGGGUUAAUAGCCCUGCUGCUAUUGAGGAGGAGAAGCAGCGUGUAAACAAGGAGAACGCAGCUGUGGGUGUGCCGACUACCAGCUCUUGGGAUGCGCCUGUAGGUGCCUAUGGUCCGUCACAGAUGGCCGGAUUGGAUGUAGGCAACCUGGUUGCGCUAAAAGACUUGAAGGUUGCAUUCAAGCGUGCUGUAUCACGACUUCGAGAGAUGCAAAGUGAACGCUAUCUUGAGGAAAACAUCUGUUGUCGUCCUCAACGGAUGGAGCGUCUUGAGCAAGUUGUUCAAGCUAUCACCGAAAGUAGCACAGUCCACAAAUAACGAGAGCCAGUCUACUAUUUCAGUGUUAGUAGUAGUUUUAAAUCUUAGCGGGAAAAAAUGCCCUUGUUGCGAGGUUGGAGUUGUGCUUAGCAAGAAAAUUCUUGUCUGAUGCUUGUCUUGUCG